GCUUAAUUCCUCCUCUCUAAUUUUUUUGACUUUGUUUUUAUAUAUCUGCAAUUUGUUGGUGCAUGGUUCUUACAGCUAAUGGUGGGGAUUCGAUCGCCAAGAAGGGGCCUGGCCGUUGGAUAAGGCACAUCGACCGAAGAUCGGGAGAGGAGCAUAUCUUUCGCGUUUAAGGCAUUCUUUUAUAGCAGGGAACCGCCCUUGUUAAAGUUUAUGUUUUGGAAUCGGUUUUCUGUAAUCUGUACUUUAAAAGCCGUCCAUGGACAAUGUGAUGCAAGAACUAAGUGAAUUGGUUGGCAGUUCUUAAAUUCGUUGGGAAGUCUGAAGUCAUUGCCUUGCCUUGAGGCAAGUUUCAACUAUUUCUAACAUCUGUUUAUUUUUUUCGUAUUUAUUUCUAACAUAUGGUUGAUGUGGGAUGUUGGCUACUAAAUGUAUCUAAUGGCAUGUUUUUUUCCCAAGGAUUGUGUCAACCUGAUCAUGGCUGUAAUUUGUGGGUGGGAAGAGAAAUGUGGCUACUAUGUAGAACUCCACCCUUGUAAUCGUUUUAGCUUAAUUUUAGUUAUUUGAAACAAAAUUGUCACUAAUUU